AAGGGGCGUGGCCUUCCAUUGUCAACAUGCUGCACGUAGAAACACAGAGUGCUUACAAUGCAGCGAACUUCUGAAUUUAACUUCUACACGUAUAUAUUUAUAAAAUACUUAGUGGAUUAAUGUUGUAUUUAUUAAAUACCGAAUAAAUAAACAUAGCAUUUUGUGUCAUCUCAUAUCUCGCGAUACAAUCAAACAGCCUACUUAAACAUCGCGAGAGAUCUGUGCUUGGUUGCUAACUUACUUCUCCAGAUUGGAACUUGAACUUAUCCGAAGGACAGCAGCCAUCUUUAGCUGAACAAUGUCUGAGCAGAGCGGCAAGGUCCAGACGGUGCUGGGUCUGAUCGAUCCUGAUCGGCUGGGCCGCACCAUGACCCACGAACACCUUACAAUGACGUUCGAGUGCAGCCAUGUUCCCCCAGCGCCAGGAGAUGAGGCACUGGCCACAGCUCCUAUUGAGAUGAAAAAUAUUCACUGGUUGCAGCAAAAUCCAUACAGCCACAGAGAGAACCUGCUGUUGAAUCAGGAGACCGAGGCGGUUAAAGAAGAGUUGCUGUGUUAUCGUAAAGCAGGGGGAGGCACCAUAGUGGAGAAUACCACUACGGGAAUUGCACGAAAUCUGCCCGUUCUACGCCAGUUAGCCAAGGACACGGGUGUGCAUGUUAUAGCUGGAGCUGGGUACUAUCUGGAUGUGACGCACUCUGAUGAGACCAAAAAGAUGACGGUUGAGAAGCUUACUGACAUCAUCGCCAAUGAGGUGCUCCAUGGAGCAGACGGUACAGACAUUCGCUGUGGUGUGAUUGGAGAGAUCGGUACUAGCUGGCCAAUCACAGAGAGUGAGAAGAAGGUCCUUCGAGCCAGCGCCCACGCUCAGACUCGGCUUGGCUGCCCAGUCAUCAUCCACCCUGGCCGGAACGAAGCUGCUCCCGGGGAGGUCAUCCGCAUUCUGCAAGAAGCAGGUGGAGACAUCUCCAAAACAGUCAUGUCUCACCUUGACAGGACCAUAUUUGAUCAUGGAGAGCUGCUGGAGUUUGCAAAGAUGGGGAGCUAUCUUGAAUAUGACCUUUUUGGCACAGAGAUGCUGAACUACCCCUUCAACCUUAACGUUGAUAUGCCCAGUGAUAGCCUGAGAGUUCAAUUCCUGGCUUUUCUGAUCAAGGAAGGUUAUGAAGACAGACUCCUCAUUGCCCAUGACAUUCACACCAAGAAUCGUCUAACCAAAUAUGGAGGUCAUGGCUACUCCCACAUCCUGAAGAAUAUUGUUCCCAAAAUGCUGUCUCGCGGUAUCACUCAAAACCAGGUGGACAAAAUACUUAUUGACAAUCCGAAGCACUGGUUGACAUUUAAAUAAGAAUUGCCAUAAAAUGUUUAACCUCCAAAUAAGGAGACCAAAGAUCUCUUAUUUGUUUAGACAGGAAAAUGUAUUAUUAAUAUUAAAAUAUUAAUAUUAAUAAUUGAUUAGCGGACAAUUCCUCCAAUUUUGUGCUUUUUCAGAUUGUUUCAGAUUACAGAAUUGAACAAAUGAUUUCAAAAGAAUACGCACUGUGUAUUAUUAUAUAGAAAUAUUUUAAUACCGUAAUAACUUUUUAGGUCUUUUUUAAAUCAAAUAUCCUGAUACUAUAAUGUCCUCACCACAAAAGAGGCAAAAUUAAGAAAUGGCUUUGAUUCAUAAAAAAAUUAUGUUUCGAAUGUUAUAUAUGCAUUCCUUUAUAUGUUUAAAAAAUUACAUAAGGAAAAAAUUAAAUAAGUGUGCUAUAAGUGAAAAAAGUUUAGUUGAAUAUUUAAUUAUGAGUUUGAAAACGAACGGAGCACUAACAUAAUAACUUGAAAACUAUGCUACAUUUUGCUAACUUUUUAAUAGUCUAAAAAUCUUUCCAAAUAGUCAUUUUUUGAAAAACAAAAUUUUGUGUAGCAGCAACACUCGUCAGUUAAUGGUACUGCAAUGCCUUAAUGCACUCUUAUGCCUUUAAAACAACUUUUUCUUAGUUCUGAGGUGCCUAAACAUAAGACUGCUUGCCUUGUCUGAUCAAGCCAGAUGUUUCACAGCACAUUUAUUAAUUGGCAGACAUGCGAUAUGGCAGGUCAUUGUAGAGGACACAGAAAUGAGUAUUUUCCAGAGCAGGUGGCCACUCACACUGACAUCUUUAGUAAAAUAAUGAUACUGUCAGUUGCUUUAUGUCUGUGUAACAGCAUGGUAAUAUAAAAAAUGUCCUGUGCGAGACACCCUGAACUUUGAUGAUUUUUUAAAACUCUUUUUACUUUCAUACAGCUUUUAUCAUUAAAAUGUACAGUUUUCAUUUUUUUGAAUCCUUUAAAAUUAUUCACUUUGUGGAUAGUGGCAACCACAAUUUUAAGUAUAGUCAGCGAUAUAGUGUAGUGCUUUAAAACUACGUUCAGUUAAUGACAAAUGGAUAACUCAAAGAACUAGUUUUGUAUUAAAAAAUUUCCCUCAGCUGUUAAUGUAGUUAUAUUUCAUAGAUGUGUCUUUGUUAAGUGGUGUAAGUGCACAUUUACGACUAACUUUUGUAGCUUGAGUUUUACAAAAAAUGUAUUCACGCAUACAAAUCAUAGAAUAUAUUUUAUUCACAAUUUGUUCAAUGACACUGCACAUACUUGACAGUGACAACGUAAAUGAAAACAUUCAUAUAAAACUGAAUGAAAUUGUGCCGUUUCAUGUGCGUGCAAUGAGAACUU